ACGAGCCUGUGUAGACACUCCCUUCAUUCCUGACGUUUUAAUUUAUGAGGAAGUGACACAUUUCGUCGUCGAUUGUUUGGUACAGCAUUGAAAGUUUAGUUUCUUGUCUUUCAUUUUUGUAUUUACAUUUCGGUCAUAUAGUUUUGAACAUUUUACAUAAUGAGUAAAAUUUCCAAGUUUUUCAAAGUAGGGUCGACUUCUUCGAAAAACCGAGGUCCGACUCCUCAAGAGGCGAUUCACAAACUCAGGGAGACUGAGGAAAUGCUAACUAAAAAACAAGAGUACCUGGAAAACAGAAUACAGCAAGAGCUAGCCACUGCUAAAAAGCAUGGCACCAAGAAUAAAAGAGCUGCUUUACAGGCACUAAAACGAAAAAAGAGAUUCGAGCAGCAGCUGGCUCAGAUUGAUGGAACAAUUUCUACCAUCGAAUUCCAGAGAGAAGCGUUGGAGAAUGCAAACACAAAUACAGAAGUGUUGAAGAAUAUGGGAUAUGCUGCUAAAGCCAUUAAAGGAGCUCAUGAGAACAUGGACUUGGAUAAAAUUGAUUCGCUUAUGCAAGACAUUACUGAGCAGCAAGAGGUUGCACAAGAAAUCUCAGACGCCAUCUCCCGACCAGUUGGAUUUGGUGAAGAAUAUGAUGAGGAUGAGCUACUGGCUGAGCUGGAGGAGUUGGAACAGGAGGAGCUUGAUCAGAACCUAGUUAGCAUGGGAGGACUGCCCAGUGUUCCAUCAGCAUCUCUGCCAUCUAGGCCAGCUUCCAAGAAGAAGGUGGAUGUCAAUGACGACCUUGAUAUGGAACAGCUGGCAGCCUGGGCAACAUAAUUAUUUCAAAAAAUAUUUACAUACUUACAAAAGACUACAUUUUAGAUUUCAGUAUAAUGAACAUGUUCUGGUAUUGUGGUUUUUUUUUACUUUGUAUUGAGGUGCUAUUGGGCAUUUUGUUUUUUACUGUUUUUCUGGAGUGAAAAACUGUUUCUUUGUAUGUAUAUGUAUGUGUGAUUAUAUAUAUAUAGAUAUAUAUAUAUAUAUAGAUAUAGAUAUAUAUAUAUAUAUAUAUAUAUAGAUAUAUAAUAUAUAUAGAUAUAUAAUAUAUAUAUAUAUAUAUAUAUAUAUAUAUAUAUAUAUAUAUAUAUAUAUAUAUAUAUAUAGAUAUAGAUAUAUUUCUCUAAACACUAAGUGCUUUUUUUCUAAGCUUGUAAUCAAGACAAAAACCCAGCAUUCAUUGACACCAGAGGGCCUGAUGACUUGGUAACUAUCAUAUUACAACUAAAUAUUGUUAAAAGGGUGCAAUUGUUCUUUACUUUUGGCUUUCCCAAUGAUAAACGUACUCGGCCCUGCGCUUUAAUUAUUGAAGGUCUUAUAUCACUUUCAAGUUUGUGUUGCACAUGUAUUGUAGGACAUACUUAUGAAGACAUACAGCAUGAUGGCAGCAUGUCUCCUCACAUUUGGAGAUACAGUUUAUAUUAAUUAAUUCAGCAUUUAAAUGAAUGUUGGGUUGUAUGAAGUCUUGUAAGUGUAGCAUGCAAGGUGAAAAACAUCUUGCUCAAAUAAUCUCAUUCUUAGACUCAAAGCUCACAAAAUGACACUAAAUAAUGCGCUGAGCAAUAGAUUUCUUUUUACAGGUGAUUUCAUCUUUAAAUGCAAUGUAAUACUAUAUCAAAUGCAUUGUGAUUAUUAACUCUGGUAGCACCACUUUGUACUGCUGUUGAAAAAAAAAAAAAAAAAAUUCAGAGAAAUUAAACUUGUAAGGACAACCAUCAGAAGACAUUGUACCUGUAAAUGCUCUUGCAUGAAUUUCUUGACAAUAUAUGGCCAUCAUUUGCAAGAGGGGCUUCGUCAUUGAAACAUCAGAGCAAAAUGACUUUUUAAUCAGGCUGUUUUGGUGUCAGUUAAUGGUCAUUACUUGGGAAAUUAAACCAGGCCCUUUACUAUAUCCCUUUCAGUCCUGUAUGCAAAAAUAAAGUCAAAAUCACUGAGUUAAAGACCUUAUUUGUGACCCCAGGGCCUGAAGUGGAUGUGGGUUACAAGGGACAAACACACAAUAUGGUAAGUGUCAUAUUAAAUGUAUAGUUGCACAAAUAUGAAUACGGUUGCUGAUGAUGAUAUACACAUUUAUAAAAUAAACCUGUUUAUUGAUACUUACAUGUCUUCACCACAAGGUGGCUCUUGUAUUUGAGAUAACAGUUCAUUUAUCAUAGUUGUACCCAGUAAAAAGCGUGGCAGUGAAAUUAUACAAAUCGUAAAAAAUUUAUUAGUGCAAGACUUCAAUAUAUACUGCAAUUAGUCAGCAUUAACGAAUGUAAGAAACAAUGCUAAAUUAUUUCAAACACUGUUCACUAGUCUUGUGCGAUUCUUAUUACAACUAUUUGAAAUGAUCAUUUUACCAAAAGAGAAGUAGUCUCUCAAUGUUGACCUCAGAUUAGAGUUACCAUUUAAAAAUUGCAUCACAAUCAAAACUUUGUAAAAGACCCACCAUUCACUACUAAUGCUCUAUAAAGAGGGUUUCUGGUUUUACCUCGAUUUUUCUACUCUCCUUUAAGAAUUCAAUUAAUACCCGUUAGCCAUUUGUGUAUCUCAAUCAGAACUGAGAAAUUUGUUAAUAGUAAAAUUGAUUUAAAUAACUAAAUUGGCUUUUAAAUUGUCCAAGCCUUCAUUUCUGAUUUACAAGCAGAAUGUACAAACGAGAUUGCAACAUGUUAAUAAGCAUUAUUAAAACUAUAAUGAAAAAUAAAGUUUUGCUUCACCUUUGAAAUUAAAAAGUAAGACAAUUUAAAAGGCCAUUUAGUUAAAUUACAUACAUUUUACCAUUAAUGCAUUUUUCAGUGGAUUAUUCGCUCAUAAUUUAAAUAUUUUUUUUCAUUUUCAAAAAGUAAUAAAAGCCAUUAUAUUGCUCAGAACGUAGACAGAGACAGCAUAGCAGCAGGGGCAGGGGUGUGUGGUACCUGGGUGUGUGCCUUUAUUUUACAGCAAGACAUUACAGUAUGUAGCAUGUUAAAGUAGAAAAAUAUCCCAGUAAAGAAUACGUUGUGUAGGCCUUACUUUACACCAGUGAAUUAACAAAGGAUGCCAAAUAGCAGUUGAAGUUAAGUGUUGUUUUGUUUAUUCGCAAAAUAAAUAGUAAAGUUGACACUGCA